ACUGGGCCCCCCUGCCAUGUCCACUGAGAGCUCCCCCCUCCUGAGCUACCGGCUCUUCAGCGUGGUGGACGACGGGGAGAUGCCAGGGAGCCGGGUCCAGGAGGAGGCCCCCCUGGUGGGGGGGGAUGUGGGGGGCGCCGCGGGUCCCCCGCAUCCCGACCCGGCCCGCCGGCUCUCCACCUUCUUCGGCGUUGUGGUGCCCACCGUCCUGUCGAUGUUUAGCAUCGUCGUCUUCAUGCGUCUGGUGCUGUUCGCGGGGAAGCUGAACACCAUCGCCGGGAUCGUCACGGUGUUUUACCUGGUGGCCUACGCGGCCGUGGACCUGGCCUGCCUGGCGCUGGAGUGGGCCUCGGCCCCUAACUUCCGCCCCACCUUCCAGCUGUUCAGCUGGCACACCUGCCUGCUGGGCAUCGCCAGCUGCCUGCUCAUGAUGUUCCUCAUCAGCCCCGCGGGCGCCUCGGGCAGCCUGGUGCUGAUGCUGGCACUGCUCGGCUUCAUCCACCUGCGGGCGCCCGCCAGCUCCUGGGGCUACAUCAGCCAGGCCCUCAUCUUCCACCAGGUGCGGAAGUACCUGCUGCUCCUGGACGUGCGCAAGGAGCACGUGAAGUUCUGGCGCCCCCAGAUGCUGCUGAUGGUGGCGAACCCCCGGAGCGGGGCCCAGCUCAUCCACUUCGUCAAUGACCUCAAGAAGGGGGGCCUCUUCGUGCUGGGCCACGUGGAGAUCGGCGAGCUGGACACGAUGCCCUCCGACCCCAUCCAAGCUCACUACAACUUCUGGCUCAGCCUGGUGGAUAAACUCAACGUCAAGGCGUUCGUGGAUCUGACCCUCUCACCUUCGGUCCGACAGGGAACCCAGCACCUGCUGCGCAUCACGGGGCUCG